CAGACAUAACACAUUAAAGCUGACAGUAUCAUUAUUAUUCUUUACUACAUUAAUUAAAAUUGUUAAGUAUAUCGAUUUAACCAAGUCAAUGACAAUUAUUUACUUGAAUAUUAGUAGGUGUUUUCAAGUGGUAGCUGAGUACAUGGUUAUUAUUAUGGUAGUAGUAUGUGCAUUUGCCGUAUUAGGUUAUUGUACAUUUGGAACACAGGUUGAAGAAUUUUCAACAAUAAAUGAUUCUUUAAUAUCUGUCAUGAGAAUACUUGUGAGAGAUUUUGACUACCAUUCUAUCGCUCACGUCGAUCAAACUUUGACUACUGUUUUCUUUAUAAUAUUUACAUGUGUAGUGAUUUUUGUUCUUCUGACAAUGUUAGUAGCUAUCGUUUUUCAUGCAUAUUUUGACGUGGAUAUUGGAGAAUUAACAAUACAAAACAAAGCAUAUGUUUGGGAUAAAUUAUUUAUGACUUCAAAAAAUGAAACUAAGAACUACUACAGUUAUCAAGACAUUUAUAAACUUUUAAAACGUUGUAACUAUGUUGACAAUGAAGUAAAAUAUAUUUUAAAACAAAACAAUAUCGAAGACGAUACUAAAAUCGAUGGUGAUAAAUUUAAUAAUUUAAUUGAGUCAUUCUAUGAAAUUAACACUGAUUCAGAUGAGAGUAACAAUGACGAAGGGGAAAUUCAAAAAAUAAGUUAUCAAUUAAAAUUAUUGGAUACUAAAAUGGAAGCUCUAGAGUAUCAAAUUGAUGUUGUAAUAGCAAGACUGAACAAAAUUAAAGUUAUUUUACCUUCUGAUUAUGCCGAACAAUCAUCAGAAGUAUCAGAGACACAACAAACUCAAUGAAUAUAAUUUUAAAUCGGUGGUAAAUUUUCAAGGAUUAAAGUUAAAUAAUAAGCUGAAAAAUGUUUUGUGGAUAAGUUAACUGAAAAGUAAUAAAAAUCAGUUGAUAAUAUUUAUAACAAUAGAACAAUGGUAUAUUUUUA